AUCUCCAAGCAAAGAUUUUCCAACGGUCCGAAAAUAACGCACGAAAAGUUAUUGUCGCCACAAACAUUGCAGAAACAUCGUUGACUGGUAAUUUGGAUUUUGCUGGCAAAUUUGUCUUUCAAGAACCCAUCUUUACUAACCUAGUCCAUGUAUAUAGUUGAUGGUAUUAUGUACGUGGUCGAUACCGGUUAUUGUAAGCUCAAAGUUUACAAUCCACGAAUUGGUAUGGAUGCACUACAGGUUACACCUAUCAGUCAAGCAAACGGUAGCCAGCGAAGUGGUCGUGCAGGAAGAACUGGCCCUGGUGUGGCAUAUCGAUUAUACACAGAAGAAGCCUAUCGAACCGAAAUGUUCUUCAAUACAAUUCCAGAAAUUCAGCGUACCAACCUUGCCAGCGUCGUUUUGCAAUUAAAAUGUCUUGGUGUCAAGAAUUUGCUGGAUUUUGACUUUAUGGAUCCGCCCCCACAGGAUAAUAUUCUCAAUUCGAUGUAUCAAUUGUGGAUCUUGGGUGCAUUUGAUAAUAACAGCGACUUGACCGAGGUGGGUCAAAAAAUGAACGAGUUUCCACUUGAUCCUUCUCUUGCAAAAAUGCUUAUUACUGCAGAGGAGCAGGGUUGUACUGCAGAGGUUGUGACCAUCGUAUCUAUGCUUUCAGUUCCUUCUGUAUUCUAUCGACCCAAGGAACGCAUGGAAGAAAGUGAUGCUGCUCGUGAAAAGUUCUUUGUACCAGAAAGUGACCAUCUUACGCUUCUUCAUGUCUAUACGCAAUGGAAGAGUAACAGUUAUCGAGAUGACUGGUGUAAGAAACAUUUCAUUCACCCCAAGGCUAUGCGAAAAGCACGAGAAGUUCGAUCACAGCUGAUCGACAUUAUGAAAUCCGUAAAGAUGCCAUAUGUUUCUUGCGGUACUGAUUGGGACAUCAUCAGAAAAUGUAUCUGUUCAGCUUAUUUCCAUCAAGCUGCAAGACUCAAGGGUAUUGGCGAAUAUGUCAACUGCAGAAGCGGCAUGAAAUGUCAUCUGCAUCCAACCAGUGCACUCUUUGGAGCAGGAUUUACACCAGACUACGUUGUGUAUCACGAGUUGGUGUUGACGUCAAAGGAAUUCAUGCAAUGUGUCACGUCGGUAGAUCCAUACUGGCUCGCAGAAUUAGGUCCCAUGUUCUUCUCUAUCCGUGAUCGCAACCGACAAUAGUACUGUCGACAACCAUAAUGAACAAUUAAAAGUCAAUAAUACCAUUGCUUGUAUAUUACAAUAAUCG